UAGUGCGUGCGCGUUCUCUGUGAAUCGUCGUCCGCCGCAGUCAUGGCGGCCCCGGUCGCUCCGCUCGAUGAAGACUGGGAGGAUUUCAACGAAUUCAAAGCGGCCGAUUCGCACAGCAGCUGGACCGCGGGACCGGAGAAUUCGCCGCAGACCCAAAGCUUCGCAUCCUUCGACGAGACGCUGAGCGCGAGCUUCCCGUACUCCGGCGGCGCGUGCACGAGCGUCUCCGUGAGCGCAGUGAGUGAACGCGAGCUGCUGCGCGAUGACGAGAUAUGGAACACUUUGACGGAGAACUACGGCAAUGUGAUGCCGGUGAACUGGAAAACCUCUCACACUCGUUCACUACACCUGCCCACGCUCAACCUCCGACCUCAGGAGAGUGCCGAGGUCAAUAAUCUUGACGUGUCCGAUGACGAGGAGCUCAGAGAUCAGAUGGACAUGCACACCAUCAUCAUCUCAUGCGUGAACGAGGAGCCGCUGUUUACUGCGGAACAGGUCAUUGAGGAGAUUGAAGAGAUCAUGCAACAGUCUCCAGAUGAAGAGGAUCGUGACAGUCCGUCUCAGUUUGACCUCUCCUUGAUGUCGCACGAGUUACACACACUCACACACUCCACAUCCAGCAGCAGCUACGAGGAACGCCUGCGUGGUCUGUGUGUGUCUGAGCUGCUGGAGCGUCUGGAGGAGGUGGAGCGGCAGAUCCGCGGUUUCUCCGAGGAGCUGAUCGAUCAGCUGGCGGUCAGGGAGGAGCUGGACUACGAGAAGGAGGUGAAGAACACAUUCAUCUCGGCUCUCAUCGACGUGCAGAACCGACAGAAAGAACAUCGAGAGCUGCUGAAGAAAAAGAGGAAGAUAAAGACCACGGGCUCCGAACAGAGAUCCAACCGCUCGCAUGUGCCAGGAACCUAUCUGACGACGGUGAUCCCGUAUGACAGGAGCAACGGAGCGCCGUCUGUAGAAGACCUGCAGAUCCUCACCAAGAUUGUUCAUGCCAUGCGUGAGGACAGUGACACAGUUCCUGCUCUUCUCACCGACUACAUCCUCAAAGCACUGGUGUGAGAGAACAGGUGACAGAGUGUUGUGUCCCACAUAGAGUUCCUGAAGCUGAAAAGCAGCUAAUAUCAUCGGUACGUCGGUCAUCUGAUCAUCUACAUCUCCCCAGAUGGCGUUCUUGACUAAUCAUGCACCGAAUUGACCCACCUGUGGCAUUCAUAUCUCAGUCUGAAUGUGUGUGUUUGGUGUGUGUGUGUGGGAGCUUGAGUGCAGUAUCUAGUUCAUUUCCUAACGCGGUUCACAUUUCACUUACUGUCAGAAUACACUAGGUAUCACAGAGCAGCUGUCAUAACUCAUGCACGUUUGCGUUAGAGCACAUCUAGAUGCAAGAUUUUCCUUUUGAUCUUUGCAUCAGACGAAAUGUAAGAUGCUGAUAAUGGAAUGAAUUGAUUUCAGUGAUUUUUUUUAAAAGCAAUCUCUCCAGCAAAAGCAGGUACAAACGUUCGUGUAGGAAAAGAUUGCUGCUGCAAAAUCUAAACGUUUGUCAUGGGAAUGAAACCGUUCAGUCAUGCUGAACGGAUUUAGUGGUACUAUUUUAAAAAUACAACAUUUAUUUAAUGGCCAGUUACUAGAUUAUGAACUCUGUUUGACCAGCUUUCUAACAUUUCUCUGUAACAGUAUUAAUGUUGAGUUGAAAAGAAGUGAAAGGCACAAGUAUUUGCUGCCAGUUGAAGUGAAAUCUGAUCUUAGCGGUGAAGGAAGGACAUUGUCGACUUCUGUUUUAAGGUAUGUAGAGCUAAAAAAACACACUCGUAAAGAGAGAAACACUUAUGUCUGUACUCACUAAGGUCAUGUAAGAAAAUGAAAUGAUUGUCUCUGGUUUAUUGGUUUUUGUUGAAACGGAUAGAGGUGAUAUUUUUGUAUGUGUUUGUGAUGCAGAGAGUCUUGUAGAUGCAUGACCUCAAAGCAAUAGGUCACCCAAAAAUGACCAUUUCCAGGAAAUCUGCUCACCCUCAGGCCAUCCAGAAUGUAGGUGAGUUUGUUUCUUCAUAGGAAUACAUUAUGGAGAUAUGUAGCAUUUUAUAUCACUUACUCAGCAAUGGGUGCCGUCAGAAUGAGAGUUCAAACAGCUGAUAAAAACGUCAGUUAUUCACACAAAUCUAGUCUAUCAAUUAGUGUCUUAAGUAAUAAUGAUUGAUUUCUUGUGGGUUAUUGUGAGGUUUAUCAGCUGUUUGGACUCUUUCUGACGGCACCCACUCACUGCAGAGGAUCCAUUGCUGAGCGUUUAAGUGAUUUAAAUGUCCUGAGGUUGAGUAGCCUUUCAGCUCAUUGUCAUUUUUGAUGAAACCUUUAAAGGAUUAUUUCACUCUAAAAACCUUGUAUGAUUUUAUGUGCAUAAAAGAGGUCCAUUAUGGAUCAUGUGCCAUAAUAUUUAAAAUCUUCCACAGUUGCUUUUUAUAUGAAUUUUUAUUCCACGAAAGAAAGGCAUACAGGUUUGGAUCAUGAGUUUAAAUUCGAAGUGAAUUAUUCCUUUAGACUGAAGCAUCUCACAUGUCUUUAAAUCAGUCUGUUCUGUAAGCUGAAACUUAUCAAAGGGUAGAAAUUGUUUGUAAAGCGUUCAGAAAGUAAGUGGCUGCAUGCACUUUCAAUUGGUGUCAAAGGGAACAGUUUUGCAGAUCACGAUGUUAGUUUCGUUGGGUGCCCGUGGCCUGAUUCUGAGGAACAUUAGCAGUGCACAGUAAAUCAGGGUACACAUACUAUAAUAACUAGAGAUUAUAUAUUUAUACAAGCAAUAAUGAAAUGCUGCCUUUUUGAAUGCAUGAAAUUUUGUACAUUGAAACUGACCUUAUUUUUAAUGCAGCAGUAAUGGUCCUUUUGAAUUAGUAUUUUAUAAGCAAUGCAUUGUAUGUAGCAGGGCAGUUUUCAAAUAAAAGCAUCUGUUCAUCAAAA